AAUUUGCAAUACUUAGGAUUUUGCUGGUGCAUCAUAUCUUCUGCUAUUUCUUUAGUCAUCGUAAAGUUUAAAAAAAACAGUUUCAAUAUAGUAGUUGCAUUUUAUAACACUGGAUUUGUGAUUCUAAACAUAGGAUUUAUUCUAAUUACAAACAAAAAUAUUGGCGCUGAAGGAUAGUAGAAUAAUAUGAUGUUUAUAUUUGCAGGUUCGCAAUACAUAUUUCAUUUUAUUUUAUCUAUUGGAAGUAAUUUUGUUUUGAACUCAGCUGUUAUAUUUAUAUAAAAUAUCUCAUAUUCUGCCGUAUUCUAUCCUGGCUAACUUAAUUCAUUUCAUGGGUUGUUGUUUUUUUCUGUCUGCUUCCUAACAUGGAUGAAGUAUAAAAAUGAAAAAUAUUAAAGAGAUCUAUUUCUCUUAUAAGAAAAUGAAAAAGAAGUUAAUCAAUUCGUCAGAGAUGUACUUCCUGCUAGCGUAUUCAUAGUAAAAUACGAUUCAACAAAAGAUUUAAUUGAAAAAAAGCUAAUAAAUAGAACAGCUUAGCAAGAAUAUAACAUUAAGGAUGAUAGCUUGUUGAUUUAAUUUUUAAGAAGCACUAUUAUAUAAAAAGACUCUUAAUAAAAGUAAUAGACAUCUUUGCAACUAACACGAGCUAGUUUCAAAGCUUUUAGCCCUACAAAGAAUACAUUUAUGGCAUCUUAAAUAUAGGUUUCAGAUACUUUAGAGCGCUUUAUUUACUAUAAAUUUAGAGAUAUGAUAUAAUAAAAUAAAUCAAAAUAGGAUGACAAAAUUUAAUAAAUUACCAAAUAAGUUGAUGUAAGUUAAUUAAAUGACGAAUCAAAGCAAUUUGAGAAAAAAAUCUAUUAGAAUUCAAUAAAAGAAUAAUCAACAAACUCAAUUAAUUCGAAUUAAAAAUUAGGGUAUUUUAAUAAUUUUACAAAAUAAAUGAGUAAAUAACAAUCACCACUGUAGUCUUUUGAAAAUUGCUCUAGAGAAAUUUUCAAUUUUUAAUCAAAAUUUAAUAAAAAAAAUAUAUCUCUGAGUAAGUCUCCUCUGUAGAAGUAAGAUAUAAAUAGCAAAUAAAUUCAAGAAAAUGAACAAUAACAAGAAUAAUUAGAGGAAGAAAAAUAUAAAGUUGAAGAAUUUAACGCUACUAUAAUAAAAAAUAAUGUAAAGAUAAAUGUGCUUGUAAAAAUUGUAUUUUAUUAUUUGAGCUAUCCAGUUUGUUCAAUUUGUAUUGAUGAAGAUUUAAAGAAAUAAAUGGUUUUCAACAAUAAACAAUCUAAAAUCAAAGAGAAUAUAUAUUUGCAGCAUUUCACCAAAAUGUCUUAAAAAUUUUAAAAAAUUCUGAAAACAGAAAACUUUUAGUUAAAUCAGUCAUACAGCUUACUAUAUCUAAAUCAACUUAGAAAUAUUUAAGAUUUUGUUUAAUUAAAAUUAUACAAUAAAAUAAAGAUAAACUAUAAUUUAUUUUAGCUGUCUGCUCUAGUGAAGUACAUCUAAAAUGUUUUUUAACCUAUUUAUAGUGCAUUAAAUAUUGAAUUUUCUGUAAAUAUAAGUUGCUAACAAAAUUUGGAAAAUUAAUUACUCUAAGUCUUUUUAUCAAAGAAAGAGGAUAUAAUUAGAAGUUAGAAUGAUACAAUUUAAGAAAAUUUGGUUUUUUUUCCAAAAAAUGUUCUCCUCUCAGAAAUAGAGCAGAGUAAAUUAAAUAAUAGCGAAUUCUAUGAUAAGUGUGAGUUAUAUUAAAAUUUUGAUAAUAAUUAAGAAAACAUCGAAGUGAUCAACGAUCAGUAAAGAGUUUGUUAAAUGAUAAUUAACUUGCUUGAAAAUUCUUUAGAUUACUUAAUUAAAAAAAACUUAACCUAAAAAUAUGUUAAGCUAUUAAUAAAAAUAAUUAAAGGUAAAGAUGAAAACUCGAACUUAAUUGAAUUUAAAGUUAUUAAUAAUGCUGAAUUAAAUUACUCUAAGUAAGAAAUAUUUCUAGUUUAAGAGUCUUUGAAAGUAGAGAGAGAGAUUAAAAAUAACUAUUUUAUGUAGAAUUCUUAAAGUUGCUUAUAGCCUACUUAGAUUGGUUUGAAAUUAAAUUAGAAGAUAUUAGAAAAAACAUCACCUUACAAUUUUAUGAAUAUAGACUGUGAUGAUGACAAAAUAGGUUUCUCUUUCUAUAUAUUUUAAAAUUGUAAUAUUCUAUAAUAGGAUUAUAAAUAGGAUUUCUAAAAUAAGCUUUUUGAAGAAAUUAGAGGUAAAUCUUAGACUUAAAAUGAAAGUUAACCAAUUAAGAUUGAAAACUAAUCAAUUAAGAUUGAAGAAAUUUUAAAAUAAAUCUAUUAAUAACAGAUUGGUAAAGAUAUCUUAAAGAUAUCUAAAAAUAUGUAUUGUGAAAAGGAAGAAAAUUAAAAGAAAAAUUUAAUGUAAAGCAAUGAGGAAUAGAUUUACAAUUAAACAAUUGAGAUUGACCCAAUUUUUGUGAAAAAUGAAUUCGAAAUCGAUUAACUUGACGAAAGAGUGGAUCAGAACGAUUUCUAAAUUAAAGAAUUUAACUCGAAAAAUGUAGAAUCAUUAAACAAAUAAAAUAAAGAAAAUUAAUGA